UCUUGUAACAAAAUAAAGCUGUUUACACAGAGUUUGUAAUUGGAGAGAAAUACUCCAUUUAUUUUGGUCAUUUCAUUUUCAAGCAGGAAGCUCACCCUUUUUGUUAUACCCUUUAGAUGAAUAGAGUUUAAUUAAAUACAUACUCUUUAAAUAAUGUUCCCUUUUAUAAAAAGUAGGAUAACAAAAAAAUAAAACAUUUAUUAUAGCUCUAUUACGUAGGAAAAAACCUGUCUUGUUGUCUGUUAUAUAAUAUUAGGGAUGCUCGUGACAAUUAAUUUCUUGAUCGACUGGACUAACCAACUAGUCUAAACCUCAGAAACACUGAAAUUUAAGUUAAGUUUGAAAACUGUUUAAAAAAAAAAUACCCCAUUCCAAAAUGCCUUGUGACAAUCUCAUUGGCUAACGGAGUGAUGAUGUCACAAGGCAAUCUUAAGAAUCUUAAAUCCUUUGAAGUUUUUCCAUAAAUAGGGGUGAGACACAGCAAGUUUUAGUUCGUUUCUUCGCAGCAUUUGUGUUUGCAGCCUUCAAGCGUUGACCACAGAAACCUUUGGAAAGCUUUUCAGAGUCAUCGUAUACGAACUCCAACAUGUUUCCAAGAAAACACCAACCAAGUCAAAAAGAUUACGCCGCCUCUCCUUCCUGGCGUGGUCGGCCAAUUUCCCCAAAUGGCGUCUUAUCCUUCCAAAAAGCAUUACAGGACAGUAGGAAGGAAAACUACCAUCUCCAGAGAAAAAUUCAACAAAUUGAAGAAGAGAAACUUCAACUGGAAGAGAAGUGUAGACUAAUGGAAGCACAAAACAAAGUCCUGGAAGAAAGACAACAGCGCCAGCCCGACAUAAAACUUAUUAAUGAGGGCUGGGGAAUCAAGUUUGGACAAGCCCGAGAGCAGAUUGUGUACCUCAUUAAAGAAAAUAAGGAAAAGAGCGCGGAACUAAAAGAAAUGACCAACCAGUUUCAAGACAGGAAAGCGACGAUUGAUGAGAUACAAAGGGAUCUCCAAAACAUGGACCAAAGGAAUCAGCUGCUCCAAAGACAGUUCGAUAAAGCUGUGGAAAAAAAUAAAGAAAUCCUCCAACAGAAGGAAGAACAGGACAAAAAGCAAAGAGACAUGCAGCACGAACUCAAAGGGAUGCAGGAAAAAUACAGAAUGCUCAAAGUAAGCUUGGAUGAAACACUGCGCCAAAAUAAAGACCUCCUUCAAGAGAAAGAGCAACAGCAAGAAAGACUGAAAGAAGGAAAACAUAUUGUCCAGGACUUUGAGUCUAAAAAUCUAAAACUGCAAGAGUUUUGUAACGAACUAAAGGACAAAACAAGUGAGCUGGAAGGAGAAAAUGAAAAACUGGAGAAACGCUGCUCACAGAUGCAGAAAAGGAUCGAUCAAAUGGCGAGAAACAACUCCGAGCUCAUUAAGGGGAUAUUGUUGGAAUUCAAUAACUUGAAGCGGGAAAACACUGAAAUGCAGGCACAAAAACAACAACAAGACAAAAUACACGAAGACCUGCAGCGCACGCUCCAAGAAAUCCAGGGAAGAAAUGAGCAGUUACAAGACAUGCACAAAGAAGAAGAACAGAGAAAUGCAGAAAUGCACAAGGACAAGCUAAUACAGGAGGCAGCAUCCAAACAACUCAAAGACAAGCUGGAAGAAAAACAAGCAAGAUUAGAAGAGGUGGAACAAAGAUGCGAGAAACUUGAGAAGCAAAACGAAGAAACAAUCGAUGAGUUAAGAAAUCUCAUCCUGGAGAAAAAAGCGCUUGUGGAAAAGUCCAUGAAAAAGAAGACCAAAUGGUUCCGCUUGUUCCGGAGGAGGGACGCAACUGCUUCCUCACCUGUAGCAGCCUGAUCUUGCUCCACCUCUGUUCCCCCCCCCCCAACCAGUCCCGGCAGUUGACUGUCCCCUUCUGAGCCUGGUUCUGCCGGAGGUUUCUGCCCGUUAAAAGGCAGUUUUUCCUCCCCACUGUCGCCUAGUGCUUGCUCAGAGGGGAUUGUUGGGGUUUUCUCUCUUCUCUUCUGUUUCUUUAUU